AGUAACCCGCCCCUGGUAGAACUAAUAACCGGAAUAGAAAGGUUGUCGUGUCAACUUGAUUAUUGGAAACUAUUUUAUUGUUUUAGUUUUAUUGGUGGCAAUGAACAAUGAAAGCCCUGCAACAUGUUAAUCAAGUGGAGAUAACCUGGUCUAAAAUCAGAUAUUUGUCAUCGCUUGUUAUCAAACAGUUGUCAGAGAAUGACUUGGAAAACACCCAAAAGGUCAAAAGACUAGAAUCAAGAGGUCUUCCAAUCGUACAUCACCAUGGCUAUGUCUGUGAUCUACCAAUCAAACACAGGUUUGCCAUGAAAAAAUUCCAUGGUGUUAUUCGCCAUUUGAGAAAAGAUAAUGUUGUUUCUUCCAAACAGAUUGUAGAACCAAAUUUGUUAGAUCCUGAAGUAUUUAAAGUUGUUCAUAGUAGUCAAUAUAUAGAUAGAUUUAUGAGUGGUCAAACAACGGCCACUGAACAACGUAAAACUGGAUUUCAGUGGACUGAAGGAAUAGUUAGCAGAGUUCGAUAUGAAACAGCUGGAACACUUCUUGCUGCAAAGCUAGCAUUAGAAAGAGGAAUAGCAUGUAGCACUGGUGGAGGAACACAUCAUGCCUUUCCUGACCAUGGUUCUGGAUAUUGUCUAGUCAACGAUCUUGCCGUCACAGCCAUGUCACUGGUCCUGACAGGUUCUGUACACAGAGUUGUUGUUGUUGAUCUGGACGUACACCAGGGUGAUGGUACAGCCUUUAUUUUUAGUGAUAACAGUAAUAUAUAUACCUUCUCUAUGCAUAAUGAGAAUAAUUUUCCUUUUCCAAAAAAAGAAAGUGAUAUUGAUAUUGGAUUGAAAGAUAGGAUGGAGGAUAAGGAAUACAUGAACAUUUUAACAGAUAUUUUACCUUGGAUAUUAGACCAUGUUAAACCUGACCUUGUAUUGUAUGAUGCAGGUGUUGAUCCACAUGAGAAAGAUGAGCUUGGCAGGCUUAAGCUCACUGAUCAAGGUUUAUUUGAUAGAGAUUUUUAUGUGAUUGAUUCAUGUCAUCGUCAAGGGAUUCCUGUUGCCACAGUGAUAGGGGGUGGUUACCAAAGAGAUCUGAAUGCUCUCACAUUAAGACAUACAAUAGUCCAUAGAGCUGCAUCUAAGAUUUGGAAUGGAUCUCUAGUUUACAAAUCCUGAGAAUGGGACGAUAACUGUGAAUGGUUGUUCAUUUACUAAGCAGAAUUUAAACUUGAUAUAUAAAGAGAAAAAUGCUGCUAACCAGAAGAUUAUAUAUGAAUUUUUGUAUACAGAAUAUAUCUCUUUGGAAGAGUCAUAAGAAAUUGUUAUUUAUUUUAUCUGCUUUUCCAGUACUGGAGUCUUUUUGUUUAAGCUUUUAAAAUCAUUGAUAAGAAAUUUUGAUUUAGAAAUGAAUUUUACUUCUACAUUUAUUUAUG